ACACAUUUUUAUUAAUUUAAAAUAAAGAUGGCCACCCCCAUAAGUUGCAAGACAACAUUCGUUACAUUGUUGUGACUGUUUACAGAGAGAGAAAUAAAGUAAAUUGACAUAGAAUGAUAGAUCUACAAUGAUUAUAUUUAUUAUGAGUUAAUAGAAUAUAGUCUAUUUAGCUUUUAUCAUUAGGCCCGCUAAUCAUUUAUGAUUCAUUAGAAUAAUUUCCAUUUAAAAGUCAUCCACAAAAAACAACAACCUGUGACAAUGUUGAAGAUCAAUGAUUUUGACUUUUUUAUGAUCCUGUUAUAUUUUUCCAUCUGGAUUUCAUUCUAUUUUGCCCUCUGCUUCUGGAAACCCUCUCGGAGCUGUGAGUGGCACUGUAGGACAGUGACAGUCCUACAUGCAGUAACUGUGACUUUAAUUGCAAUUUAUGUUGUCUUUAUCCUGGGGCCUUCACCAUUUACACAUGCAGGGGGACGUAAUACACCUGCGCAGGUGAUGGCUGUAAGUAUUUGCCUGGCUUACUUCCUCUUUGACCUCGGCUGGUGUCUGUACUUUAAGACAGAAGGUCCUGUGAUGUUGGCGCACCAUUUCCUGAGUAUUAUAGGACUUUCUUGGUGUCUUUUUGCUGGAUAUUAUGGGACUGAGCUUGUAGCCACCAUAGGGGGGGCUGAGAUUACCAAUCCAUUACUCCAGUUGAGAUGGUUCCUCCGUGAGUCAGGGCAUUACAAAUCACUGCUGGGUGAUAUUGUGGACUGGACAUUCAUUAUGUCUUUUGGCUUUGUUCGAAUUUUACUUGGCUCUGUACUUCUCUAUUCAUACUAUCAACAGAAUACAGACUUCUGGGGAAGAUUAGGAGGAACAUGCAUCUAUAGUAUAGGCUGGAUAUUUUUCAUAGGAAUACUUAAUUACGCUGUUAAAAAAUACUCGAGGCGUUUUAAAAAUUGGAAACAUAAACCUGCACAGACGACUUUGGUGUCGUCCAGUCAACUCUCUCAGGCAGCUACCAGUAAAGGCAGUGAUAAGUGUGCAGGCACUACCUCUCAUUUAAAGCCAGCCAAUGGUAAGAACUCAUUCUGUCAAGAAGAAAGGAAUAUAUUGAGUGUGCGGGAGAUAAAAAGCGGCAGCAGUGGACUAUUUGCCAGAAAUGUGUCACACGCUGAAGAUUUUCUGAAUCACUCGCUCUAGUGUUAAAUGCUGACAUACGAUUUACAUGUGCUUCUUAGAUGUGGAUUGGUCACAUUUUGUUUUGUAAGCUCUUGACUAAUUAUGCACCAAUUAUUUAUAUCCACCCAAUCAAGAGUUAUGAAUAUUUACCGAUUCCUGUAGUGCAUCUUUAUUUCUUUUUUUUAUUCUUUGUGUUGGGCACAAUUUUAGACCCUAUGUUUUAAUAAUCAUAAAUAUUUUUAACAAAUAUGUAACAAAUAAAGUUUAUGGAAAAGUGAAUAAGAGCAGCCCUACCUUAGCUUUCAUUGGCUGUGUUCUAUGGAACAGCUAGAGAUAUUAUUAUUAUUGUUUUGUAUCUGUUAUUACGUAAUGAUCCUUUUUUAUGUUGGAAAGUAAAGUUUCCCUUUCAGACCUUGUGAUCUAUGGGACAGAUGAUGUAAAGGCCAUCUGUUUCUAUGGCCCACGGUUAACAAGGGUGUCAUGUGGCCAGUACAGCGACCAACCGCCUUUACUUUUCCCUAACUAAUGUCAGGUACCCAUUAGAGCUGGGUGGACUCCAAGGCGCCCUAAAGAUCCUGAAAGUAAAAAUCCCAGGAUUUGAAUCUAGGAGUCCCGAUUCGGAAGUCAAGUGCUUUACUGUUCAACCACCACACCUCCUCCAUUAUGCUGGUGUUAUUAAAAAAAAAUGUUAUUGUUUUAAGGAAUUGAAAAUCAUAUGACUUUAUUGCUUGGUUGGGGUGGAGGGCAAAAUGGCACUAUGUUGAAGUUUAUUUUCUCUCCUAAAUUUUUUUUUUUUUUGCUUUUAAAUUAAUUCUUAGUAUUAAAGAUAAUUACAUGAUAUAUUUUUAAUUGGCAGUCUAAAUGCUUUCUGUUUUUAGAUCAACAAUAUGAAAACAUGGUAAUAAUUAAGUGUAUUUCUGCAUUGGUGUAUUUUAAAUGGACUGUGUACUGAAUUAAUUUUUUUAUGUGACUAUUUUAUUUUUUUGUUUGUUUGUUUUAUUUAGUGUAAGAGAAUGCAUUUAUUGUAAUUCAUUUUUUUUGUAUUAAACAUAAAUUAGUAAUUAUACUUAUAAAAUGUAUUUAUUUAUUUAUAAAGAGAAUAAAUGCAAUUUAAAUUCAGCAUUUUUUCUUUCAAUCAGAUGUACACAUUUUAUGCAUAAAAAGUUCCCCUUCUGACCCUGUGGCCUAUAGGGCAGAUGAUAUAAAGUUCAUCUGUUUCCACGGCCAUGGUUAACAAGGAUGUCAUUUGGCCAGCAUAGCGACCAACUGCCUUUAUUUUUCCACAACUAAUCUCAGGUACCCAUUAGAGCUAAGUGGACUCAGAGGUUCCCUAAAAAUCCCAGUCUUUACCAGGAUUCGAACCUGGAGCCCUCUGGUUCACUACACUAUAAUGUACAAUUUCAUGGGACGUAAUAACAGGCCAGGGUCACAUAUGUCAUAAAAUGUGUCUUCAAAAUGAUAAAAUCAUGAAGGUUUCUUUUCUUACAUGUCAUAGAAUAAAACCCCUAGCCUGACUGAAAAUGUUACGCCCACAGAAAUAACAUGUUGUUGUUUUUUUAAAGCUUUUACAAUAAAUCAUCCACUUCAUUUAGGAGGAAUAGUCUUUAAACAAUUUUUUUCCUCAUGUUUUUUUCUUGAUCUCUGAUGCUUUAUGUUUUAUAUCAAAUGACAAAGUGCAUUGUGGGGUACACAUAGUUCAAAGGUUAAUAGGUAACAUGUUCUUGUUCAUGAUAGAAAGUAUUCGGCUUGUAAAAAAUGUUUUUGAUUUAAUGAGUUUUUCAUUUUUCUACUGUGUGGUACGUGUGGCUAGGUGGCAAAAACUGCUAGGCUAAGAGUACUUGAGUCUAAAUUCGGACUCAAUCAAAUUGUGUUUGAUGAGCACAUAAAAAUAAAAGUAACAUUUUCCUUUCAUACCUUGCGAUCAAUGGGGCAGAUGUUUCUGUGGCCCACAGUUAACAAGGGUGUCAUGUGGCCAGCACAACAACCAACCGCUAUUACUUUUCCCCAACUAAUGUCAGGUACCCACUAGAGCUGGGUGGACUCAGAGGUGCCUUAAGGAUCUCAAAAAUAAAAAUCCCAGUCUUCACCAGGAUUCAAACCCGGGACCCCCGGUAUGGAAGCUAAGCACUUUACCACAUAGCCACUGUGCCUCCCUGAGCACCUAAAGGCAGCUCUGAAUUAUAUUUUUCUUUACUCACAUGACCACGGAAAGAGAUUAGAUAGUAGCACGCUGAGGAUGCUAGAGCAUGAAAGAUGUGCUAUAUAAAAAGCUAUUUAAAAAAUAGUUGUGAAAAUAAAUGGACCAUGUAUGACUUCUUCCUUUUUUUCUUAACUUGUUUCUGGGUAUCAUGAGUGUAAUAUAAUUUAAGACUAAAGAAUGUAAAAAUGUUCAGUCAGCACAUGAUCAUGUAUGCAGUUUUAUAAUUCUGUAAUAAACUCUGAUUCUCCUGAGUCAAGUCAAUUAUAAGCACAAGAGCUCUUCUGUGAUAACUGCUGAUUUGAUUCUAUUCACAUAUUUUUCGUAUGCUCUAUUUACACAAGUAAUUAUUGCAUUGUUCAUUAUAGUUGCAGAGCUUUCAUAUUUUAUUAUAUAAACCAUAUUUUAAGGUAACUUUUAAAGCUGUCUUUUUCUGUUAAUAAAUUGCUUUUGUGUCAGAAUUUUGUCUAGACUUUUCCAUAUAUUUGCAUUGAUUUUGGAAUAAGAUAGUAUUUAUACAAGGAUGGUACUUAUACAUUCUUUAAUUUUGAUUUGCAUGUCUAUGCAUGUCUAUAUUUCUGUGGUACAUUUUUAAUUCCUGGUCAACACUCCUUUGCAUAUUUUUCUUUUGCUGAGAUUUCCUCUUUUACAUUUUGCAGUUCACCUCUCAUGCAGGAGUGACAGAUCGAUUUGUACAAGAUUUGUACACCUGUUAUAGUUUUACAUACAUACACCUUUUAAAUCUUAACAGAAUUAUACUUUAGGGCUUGUUUUAUAUGUAGUUGUACUUACACAUUUAAAAUCUUAACAAAAUUGUACAUUAGAAUUACUUUACGAGACAAAGUUGAAAUUCACAUUUCCAUAACCUUAAAGUGUGCAUCAGUUUGGAGGUUCUACAUUAACACUUGAUAAACUGUUGGCUAGCUUUUAUAAGUCCUACAUUAACACUUGAUAAACUGUUGGCUAGCUUUUAUUAGGUCCUACAUUAACAUUUGAUAAACUAUUGGCUAGCUUUUAUUUAGGUCCUACACUAACACUUGAUAAACUGUUGGCUAGCUUUUAUUUAGGUCCUGCAUUAAACACUUGAUUACAUGGCAGGAAUAUGUUUUUAUUGAUGUUUGUUUUACAAGUCUGCCAUUGAAUGACGAUUAUUUAGAAGCGAGUAUAUUUGAAAGAAAAGAAAACUUUUUAACAUUGAGAAUGCUUCUAAAUGUGACUAAACUGUAUAGGCUUGAAAGUUUUUCCUGUAUAGUAGACUGUCCUGUCUCAUGUAAAAUGGAUUGAAUAUGAAACAUGAGCAUAAGAAGACCUGAAUUUGAGAACAGUAGAAGCAAAGAGAGAACAACUCACUUGACCUCUAUCACCCACCACUCAACUAUUUUUUUUCCCCACUGAAAUGAUAUUGCUUAUUUCUUGUUCAUUUAGUCAUUCAUUUCUAGCACUAAAGCUCCAAAACCUUGACUGACUUCUGAAUGUAUAUUCUAGAUACAAUUAGUUGUAAAAUGUUUAACAUGUUUCGGAUGUUCCUUCAGAGUUGAAGAUAAUUACUUCCUAGUCCAAACCUCCCGCAGGACGACGGGGGAUGGGAGCGGGCAGGGUUUGAACCCUGGACCAUCGAUAAAUCUGAACGACAGUCCAGCGCGCAAACCGCACGACCAGGCAGCCAGUUACAUCUGACUUCCUUGUAAACAACUAUAAUGAGUAUCUUUUUUAUUUUUUUCCUUUACAAUUGAGUUAGAAUGUUUUGUAUUUUGUAAGGUCAUUGUUAUACAAUUUGACAGAGUUACGGAUGCCCCAGUAAAGGUUAUGGAUUUCAUAGUAAAACUAUCUUAUGGAACUUUCAUUACAUUCAUUUACUGUGAAAUUGUUACGGACUUCAGUCUAUGAACCACUCUUAUUUGUUAUUUUUAUUUUGUACUCGUUUCAUAGUCUAGUAUAAAUGCUAACUUUUAACUGAGAUUGAACGAUUUGUCCCUGAUUUGAUCUUUGCUUGUUGAUGUUUGACCUCAUUAAUGAACUAAUGAUAUGUAUUGAAGGAAGCAUUCUUACUAUUUGGUGAUUAGUCUAAUGAUUGACAAAGGUAUUUUCUAUUAAGAUUAAUUUUUUUCUCAUGUGUACAUUGGACAAAGAUUAUCAAGAAAUGAAGAAAAACAGAUAAAAUUUACUGUAUUUUUAUAAAUAAAUUUCAUUCAACUCCUAGA